CUGCUCUGGCAUGCCUCAACGCUCUCGUAGACCAUGCAGCAAGAGGCUGUCGAUCUCCUCGACGCGCGCGACACUAAGCAUGCACCUGAUGGCGGAUUCGCCAGGCUGGAACGAGGGCCAUGCAUUCCUUACAAAAUGCUGUCGCCCUGCGGUCUUGUUCACACGUCGCGUUGGCUUCGGUGUGGUCACCAUUUUGCCUCCAUCAUUCAUGCGAAGGCAUUAUCCCGCAUUCUGCAGCCUACAUUAACUCCCGCCGUGGAGUAACGGCUGCUUCGAGUCCGCUUCGCCUCCCCCAUCAUGAACCAGGUUGAAGACACCGAGGUCAACGUCGAUGUUCAGCAUCCGAGCCGCCCCCCGAGUCCACCGAAUCACGUCCGGGACGAAGAGAGCGAACGUCAGCAUCCCGAUCCUUCUCCGAUUCCCCCUAACUUUCUUAUCAUGCUCGAAGGCCCGCGAGGCGACCAGGCAGAAGAUACGGGAAUGAUUCGCUCCAAUACCCCCUCUGAGGCGCAGCCGGACGAAACGACUCAGACCAGACCAUUUGAAACCCCCCCUCCGAACGAUGACCGUUCGUAUAUAAGGAACAGCCUGAACGGGCCGUGGAUCCCAACAAGUCCCCCGGAGGACGAGGAAGUGCUACCCGAUGUUCCCCCGGACUCGCAAGCAUCUCUAGAUCACAUCGCAUCAAAGGUAUCAAUGCCCGUGCCGCAACCCCAUUAUCAAGGCAUUGAUGACCCCUUGAGCGGUGCUAAAGAUACCUGGGGGACGAUAUUUGAAAGAGUCAUGGCACAGGAUACCGCCAUGGUGGAAGCCUAUACCACCGACAUUGACGGGCUGCUCAUAUUUGCAGGCCUUUUCUCGGCCGUCCUAACGACUUUUAUAUCGCAAGUGUAUCCCCAAUUGCAGCAAGACAAUACCCAACUUUCGGCCCAGAUAUUGGGCGAUAUAUCUAGGCAGCUCCAGAACAUCUCUACUAACCAGGCUGCAACCGCUACCUCGGCACCCUCUUCAUCGGCUCCCUUUACGCCGUCUCGAACCUUCAUCAUUGUGAACGCUCUCUGGCUAAUGAGCCUCCUCUCUGCACUGGCCCCUGUUCUCCUAGGACUCUUCGUCAAGCAAUGGCUUCGAGAGUACAUCACUUGGACCCGCAUUUCCCCUCAUGAUGUUGCGUUGCACAGGCGCGAGUACCGUCAUGACGCCUUCCAGAAGUGGCAGGUGGGCAACAUCGCCACUGCCCUCCCGGCACUCCUCCAACUUUCCUUGGUUCUCUUCUUCGCGGGGUUGAUCGUGCUCCUGAAGAGCCUCAGCGACACUCUUAUGAUCGUGGUGUCUGCGGCGGUGGGGGCGAUCAUGUUUUGUGUUGUGGCCGUUCUCGUGCUACCCGCCUUCAGAAAGGACUGCCCCUACCGAAGUCCCCUCGCUUGGACCUUAGUACGCGUUGCGAUUGCGCUUCAGAGUUCUUUCCGGAGCAUUGCGUCCUGGAGGAAAAGCCCGAAGGCGAAGGAUGAAUCAGAACCCCAGAAAGACGAUUCGGAGGGUCAGACGAAGGGUGGACCACAGAAUGAGACGAACGCGAUAGCUGGAACUGGAUCGGGGGCUGGGACGGGACCCGUAUCUCGGAGCGAAAACAGGGCGGCAUCACAUGCGCAUCCAUCCGGACCCGGGUCUGGUACACGCAACGACGCCGAUGUGGAGAAGCAGUCCCCCCAUUCUUCCAAGGAUAGAUGGCGCCGACUACGGUUCUGGUUCCAAAGUCGUGAUCGACUGUACAAGUUCGAGACAAAACCUAAGGACUGGAUCCAUCGGAUCAAGACCAAGUUCCUCGCCAGGCUCAAUGGUGAACCAAAGAUCGUGGUGGCAAACCACGCGCCACUUCCAGGGACGAUUGGUCACAGCACGGGUUCAACUAGUACUGAAUUGAAAAUCCACAUACGCCCUAAAGGAUUGGGCCAUACUUGGGACAGAAGGGACUCUGAGGUGCCGUCUAUGCAAGGUGUUGUCUACGACGUCGCAUGGAAAUGCCGAACACUCCUCUGGGUCGCUUCACAUGAAAAUUUUAGCGAGACAUUCCUGGUACGAUGUAUAAACGAACUCUCUUCUUUCCAGUACAUCCUCGAUAAGCAGGAAGUGAAGAAGAACAGCCUUUUCGAGGGCGAAGACAGUCCGUACCGGCGCCUAUGCGCGUCCUGGUUGGCCAUCGCUGGGCACCUCGGUUACAAGACUUCCGGCUCCCUCGAACUCAACGACCACAUGUGGGAAAUAUUUCACUAUGGGAUCCGACAGGAUUGGAGAUACGGCCAGCUGAGUCAGUUGCCGGAAGCGCUUAAAAUAGUUAACAAGCAAGUCUCCGCUAUUGACCCCCGGGAACGCGCCACGAUGUUUCACUUGCUGUGCCAUGAUAUCGAAGCUGCGCUGGACCAUGGGGUGCCCCCCGAUCUGCCUACGAAGGCGUCUCCCUUCUCCGAAGACAACCUGCAGUGUCUGUACGCUGUGAGCCUCUGCUUCCUCCGGAUGUUAUGCCACCGCAGAAGCAAUCUCCACACGAAAUACGUUCGCCUCCUUCUCCGGGUAUCUAUGAAUCACGAAGCGUUGCUGUGGCCCAAGGAUGACAAGCAUCAUUAUGGGCCGCAAGUGUGUCUUAGCCUCCUCGAUGAUGUCUUGAUUGCCGUAGAGACUAUCCGUUGCGAAGUCGACGACUUCCUCGCGAUCUUAAAACUCGCCACAGAAUGGUUCACGGUCGUCGAGAAACGGCUGGAAGAAAAGACGAUAUCACACUCAUUCUGGGCUGGUCCUCCUUGGCAUUAUUGGUCUAUUGUAAACGCGGCCGUAUCAAUGGAGCUUUCAACGGCUCAGCACACUGAGAGGGCCCGGGUACAGAAGGCGGUCCGACAACUCCUGGAAAAAGUGCAGAAAUUGAUGGAGGACGAGCUUGCACGGCCAACAUACAGCAUUCCGCAUCAUUUCGAACCCAAAUUUGGUCCCAGUAAUCCUUUCAUGCCCCGCUUCAUCCUCUUCUGCGGACGCCACAAGGACGCUAUUCCCAGCAAACUACCUUCGAUCCUAGAUGAAUGCAUCGCAAGGGACCUUAUUAAUCUCUUCAAACCGGAAUACGAAGAUUUCAUGGCGCAGCACAUCGCGCGCGAUGAUUGGGCAAGGAAGCAACGCAGAAGAUUCAUCUGGAAAAACGGACUGUUGCCGAAACGAGUGAAAAAGGAGGAGGAUGAAGCUCCACGAGUCGCAAUGCCUGAGCCAGAAGCGAAUUCCGGGCAGGAUGCAACGUCUGAACCGGCAGCGGUAGCUGAGCCGGCUAUGACACCUGGACAAGCAGCGAUUGCCGAACCGGCGGUAGUGCCCGACCCAAACCCAGCACUACCUUGGCAGGCAACGAUGCUCGAACCUGUAGUGACUCCUGGUUCUAUGGCGAUGCCCAUUCCAGGGCCAGCGGCGACGCCUGGACCAGAAGCGACCAGCGGGUAUCAGUGUUCGGGCAAGCAGCAGUUCCUGAUCCAGCAGCUGUCCCCGGGCCUGGAAUCCCCAGGCCAGCAACGAUCCCCGGGCAAGCAGUGGACGUAG